GGGCGCUCCCAGCAGGACGGCAAAUACCCAUCCUCCAUCCCUAACCCAGACGCCUACUGGCCCGUGACCGCACUCCGCUCCUUGACUGCGCGCUCCACACCACAACCCAGGCCGCGGCCGGAGCCCAGGGAGUGGGCGGGGUCCGCAUGAGCAGGGCCGGCGUCCGGCCAGCGGCUGUCACGUGGGCCUCCCGGGCCAAUAGGCGCGCGGCUUUGGGUCGAGCUCAGUCAGCCCCACGGCGACUGGGCCUGGCAGACUGACUAGGUGGAUGCGGAGGCCGCGACUAAGCGGCCGAGUCUUAGGCGAGUGAGGUACGGCUGCGGGUCGCCGGUGGGGACGCCCCGGAGGGAGGCGGAGGGAGGGGAGGCGAGGCCCGCCCUUGCAUGCAUCCCGCCUCUCACGCACCGGCGCCCCGCGACUGUGCAGUUCUCUGCAGGACCGGGCCAUGGAGCGCGAAGUCCAGCGAGUCCGCCAGGCGUUCCUGUCCGGCCGGUCGCGACCCUUGCGGUUCCGGCUGCAGCAGCUGGAGGCCCUGCGGAGGAUGGUGCAGGAGCGCGAGAAGGACAUCCUGGCGGCCAUCUGCUCCGAUCUGUGCAAGAGCGAAUUCAAUGCAUACAGUCAGGAAGUCAUUUCUGUCCUUGGGGAAAUUGAUUUUAUGCUUGAAAAUCUUCCUGAAUGGGUUACUGCUAAACCAGUUAAGAAGAACCUGCUCACCAUGCUGGAUGAGGCCUAUCUUCAGCCACAGCCUCUAGGAGUGGUGCUGAUAAUCGGAGCUUGGAACUACCCGUUUCUUCUCGCCAUUCAGCCACUGAUAGGAGCCAUUGCUGCAGGAAAUGCUGUGAUUAUCAAGCCUUCUGAACUGAGUGAAAAUACAGCCACGAUCUUGGCUAAGCUUCUGCCUCAGUAUUUAGACCAGGACCUCUAUAUUGUUAUUAAUGGUGGUGUUGAGGAAACCACGGAGCUCCUGAAGCAGCGAUUUGACCACAUUCUCUAUACGGGAAACACUACAGUUGGGAAAAUUGUCAUGGAAGCUGCUGCCAAGCAUCUGACCCCUGUGACUCUUGAACUGGGAGGGAAAAGUCCAUGUUAUAUUGAUAAAGAUUGUGACCUGGACAUUGUUUGCAGACGCAUAACCUGGGGAAAAUACAUGAAUUGUGGCCAAACGUGCAUUGCCCCCGACUACAUUCUCUGUGAAGCAUCCCUCCAGAAUCAAAUUGUGCAGAAGAUUAAAGAAACGGUGAAGGAAUUUUAUGGAGAAAAUGUAAAAGAGUCUCCUGAUUAUGAAAGGAUCAUCAAUCAUCGUCAUUUUAAGAGAAUACUAAGUUUGCUUGAAGGACAAAAGAUAGCUUUUGGUGGGGAGACGGAUGAGGCCACACGCUACAUAGCCCCAACAGUACUUACUGAUGUUGAUCCUAAAACCAAGGUGAUGCAAGAAGAAAUUUUUGGACCAGUUCUUCCAAUAGUGCCUGUGAAAAAUGUAGAUGAGGCCAUAAAUUUCAUAAAUGAACGUGAAAAGCCUCUGGCUCUCUAUGUAUUUUCACAUAACAAUAAGCUCAUCAAACGGAUGAUUGAUGAGACGUCCAGUGGGGGUGUCACAGGCAAUGACGUCAUCAUGCACUUCAUGCUCAACUCUUUCCCCUUUGGAGGAGUGGGUUCCAGUGGAAUGGGAGCUUAUCAUGGAAAACAUACUUUCGAUACUUUUUCUCAUCAGCGUCCCUGUUUAUUAAAAAGUUUAAAGAGAGAAGGUGCUAACAAACUCAGAUAUCCUCCCAACAGCCAGUCAAAGGUGGACUGGGGAAAAUUUUUUCUCUUGAAACGGUUCAACAAAGAAAAACUCGGUCUCCUGUUGCUCACUUUCCUGGGUAUUGUAGCAGCUGUGCUUGUCAAGGCUGAAUAUUACUGAAGAAUGAUCCUGUUCAACCUCAUAGUGCCUCUACUGAAUUAUUCCUCUUUUAAAUGGUUAAUGAGCCAAUAAUUUUUAAAUCCUACCAAAAGGAGUAAGAAAAUAUGCAAACACACCGUGAUCAAACUCAAAGAUCAUUGCUAUUCAUCAUUAAUAAAAGUUGCCAUUUUAGC